AUGUUUCGAAGUACACGAUCGUUAACAGGAGUGCAUUCUACAAAUGUUAACUUUACAGUGACUGAUUUUCUUCGUCGUUCCCAAAAAUUAUCUGUUUUAAAUAAAAUCAAGCAUCAUCAGGAAAAUGAAAAAAGUUUACUUUUUCCUGUACAUCAUAAACAUAAAAAUGAUAAUCAUAUAAUAAUGCACGAAACAAUAGAAGACAUUUAUGAUUUGGAUAUAGAAAAGAUUGUUCUCACUUCAUAUAAAAUGGCGGUUGCUCUUAUCAAACCGUUAAAUGUCAUAGCAUUACUUAAACAACAUUGCCUAAUCGAGUUAGAUUCAUUAAGUAAAUAUAUUUUUAGUCAACUCAAUGCAAAAUCAAGAAUGGUUGAUGAUUCAGUGAUAACAACAACAAAUAGUAAAAACAGCUUACAUUCAGAAUCAGAUACAGAUGAUGAUGAAUACGAUGAAGAUGAUUAUUUAAAUAAUAAUGAUGAACUCAUUAGUAACAUUAGUGAGGAUAAUGAAGGUCUAAAUGAAUCAUUUGAUGAUGACGAAGAAGUAGAAAAUAUGAACUCGAUAAUAAAUGAUUUCAAUGGUUUAAAAAUUCGAGACAAUAUAAAUAUGGAACAAAAAGAUCGCUAUUUUAGAAUAAAAAUUAACGAUACGGUGAAGUACAUGCAUAAGCAAACAGCUUGCUGGAUAUUAACGAAUGAAAGUGGAAGACUUUCAACAGAUCGUUUGUGUCGUGUAAUGCAGACAAGCAAAAAAUAA